UUUGAACCUUUACUUUUACCCGGAACAGCAACAGUCUGUAGUAGUUUUCGCACAUUCACGCAGACGGCAGAUUUUUAAAAGCAUAGACCUAAUAGUACCUCCUAAUUAAAGUGUUUCUCCAUGGAUUCUUCUGCUCGUCUAAGACUCUACAUGAAUGACAAUGGACCAUUAAUAUUGGAUGGCGGACUAGCAACUGAACUAGAAGCGCAAGGAGCCAAAUUACAGGGAGAUCCUUUGUGGAGCGCCAGGCUUCUCCAUACUAAUCCCCAGGCCAUAAAAGAUGCUCAUUCCAGGUUUCUCAUCAGUGGAGCUGAUGUCAUCACAUCAGCUACAUACCAGGCAAGUAUCCCAGGAUUCAUCAGUCACCUGGACGUGAGCCCUGAACGCGCCAGAGACCUGCUGAUGUCUGGAGUUCAACUGGCCAAAGAGACUGUGGAGAGAUUCGUCCUCGACACUCGUCCAACAGGCCAGAGAUGGCCCCUGGUGGCAGGCUCUGUUGGACCGUACGGGGCCUUUCUGCUCAAUGGCGCCGAGUACACCGGGGCUUAUGCAGAGGAGAUGAGUAUUGAAGAGCUUAAAAUUUGGCACCGGCCUCAGGUCGACUGUGUAACAGCAGCGGGAGCGGACCUCAUCGCCUUUGAGACAAUCCCAAGUAUCAAGGAGGCGGAGGCUCUGGUUGAGCUGCUCAAGGAGUUCCCAAACUCUAAAGCCUGGCUCUCCUUCUCUUGUAAGGACGGGAAAUGUAUAUCGGACGGCAGCCUGUUCACAGACGCCGUGCGGGUGGCCAACAGAUCCACGCAGCUGGUUGCUGUAGGAGUCAACUGCUGCUCAGCCGCGCUGGUGGAGCCACUGCUGGACUCCGCCAGAUCCCUGCUGGGCCCAGACAUGAGCUGGGUGGUGUACCCCAACAGUGGAGAGGACUGGGACACUAAGCACGGGUGGCUAACAUCUGGGAACACAUCAGCAUCAAUAUCCAAACUAAGUCGCACAUGGAUGAAGCAAGGUGCUGCUCUGAUUGGGGGUUGCUGUCGUAUCGGCCCCGCCCACAUAGCCGAGUUACGACAAGAGUUAAAAGGAAGUUGCACGUCUGCCGCCUCUGCAGUGUGACUGGACUGAAAAAGGGAUUAUUGAAAAGAAAGAUGUCGGUUUGUUCCAAGAGGAUAUAAAAAAAGUUUUAAUUUAUUGGAAAAUAUAAUAAAUAAACCACCACAUCAAAUCACACAGUGACAUCUGACAAAUGGCACCGCACAGCUCCGACCAAACCGGCUGCAUGAACAUAAAAACUAAACCAUGCAGUCUUCACUUUCUGUGGUUUCACAUUUUGGAUCAUUUUGAGGGAUUCCACUAUCACUUCUGUACAGUCUUUUAUUUAUGAUUUAAACUAGGAUCAUCUACGCAACAGGACUGGAUGUUACUGGGUGUUUCACAAAGCACAACAAAAUGUCAGCUGCUUUCACAACACCUGAACUGGACCGAGUUUCCGCUGAAACAAUAACCACAG